AUGUCGAAUAUAGCUCCAAAAUUAGAUGACACUUUGUAUGCAUGCUAUUGGAAAGAAAAUUCAGUUAAUUAUUGUGGACUUGUGUUUGAUCCUGUUUUAACAGAAGAAGGAAUUUGUUUCUCAUUCAAUUCAUUAAAAUCUGAACAUUAUCGGAAUGAAUUUAAAAAUUCCCGUCAAAAUGUUUCCUUCGAUGACAACUUUGACAAACCUGAUCGAAAAAUAGAAUGGGAUCUUGAAAAUGGUUACAAUGAAGAAGCUCUUUAUUCUUUGGAAGCGUUCCCUUUUCAUGCAGUUGGAUCAGGAAUUACGGAAAGCCUUAGACUUUAUCUAAAAGAUAAUUAUGAUGACGAAGAUAGACAAUGUAGAGCUCCAUUUCAGCGUUUCAAAUUAACUGUUCAAACUCCAGGAGAAGAACCUCAAGUAUCAAAGAAUUUUAUUGAUCUUCCUUUUGAUCAUAUAGUUUCGUUAACAAUCAAGUCUCAAAUUAUGACAAUUUCUGAAGGAUUGCGACAUUAUUCCCCAGAAAGGCGUCAAUGCUACUAUCAAAAUGAACGGUAUUUGAGGUAUUUUACAAAAUAUACUCAAGCCAAUUGUGAAUUGGAAUGUCUGGCAAACUAA